AUGGUUUUAAUUAAGUCCUUGUUGAAAAUUAUAUUUAAAAAAGAAAAUAAAUUUGAAAAGGUUUAUGAUAAAUAUUCUGUUGAAUAAUCAAAAAUCUAAAAUAUCUUAACUAAAUUAAACUCCAAAGUUGUUAAAAUGCUUGAGAAAAUAUAGAGUGAAGAAUUUAAUUUUAGUGAUUUAACUUUUAAUAUUUACUUUAAAUUAACCUUUUUAAGGUAAUUAAUAGAGUAAUAGUUGAAUCUGUAAUAGAGAAGGUUUCAUUAUAAUUGUUAUAAAAUAUUAACCAAAAGGCUUUUUAUAUACAAUAAACUUAUUUGGAAUCUAAACCAUCUUAACUUUAAAUUUUAACUUCAGUCUUCUUAAUAAAAUUAAUAAUGA